AUGAUGAGUUAGUUUGUAUUACUAGGGUUUAUCAUUUUAACCCAAGCUGUUUUAUAGUCACAGUGUUUUAUUGUGCUUUAAAAUAAUCUGGGGUGCUUUGGCCGACAUACCAGCGAUAAUGACUGAUGAUCGUGUUAAAUUCUCUUCACAUCUUCCCAUACAAUAAGAGAAAACACAAAUGCAAAAAAGACCUAUUUCAUUUCAUGUUUAAAAAUGGUAGCCCAAAGUGAAAGCUGUACAGAACAGUUAGACUACGUGUUCACGGUGGGAGGAGCGUUUGACUCUGAUGCGUUUUAAUUGGUUGUUAGCUCGCACCGAGUUGUACGGUUAUCAGUAAUUAUAUUCAGCAUGUUUUACCCAAGUAAUGACAUCCAGAAAGGGUUAUCUUCCUCGACCGUCAAAUUAUACAACGAAGAUGGCAUGCUCCGACAGCCCAUCUGCAAAUUCGUUUUUGGUAGACUCUUUGAUAAGCGGUAGAACCGAAGGAAGUACUCAUUACUACCAAAACGGUGGCGUGUACUUGCCACCCAGCUCCGAGUAUUCCUAUGGACUGUCUAAUUGUGGCUAUUUUCCCGGACCCAAAAGGACUGAGAACCAAAAUAUUGUCCCUACAACCAGCCCAUACAUGCAAGGAAUGGAAUCAUGGUUGGAGACUUCGAGAUCGUGUCGCACUGAACAGCUCAACAGCCAGAGUGUCUCCCGGUCGUUCUCUCCUGCCAUAAAAGAAGAAAACUCGUAUUGCUUCUACGAGUCAGGGAAGUGUCUAAAAAGAUCGGAAGACAUUUCUUAUUCCCGGGUGACGACGAGCGUAUGUCCAGUAGGAAGUAACAACAGCGUUCCUGUACCUGGUUACUUUCGCCUAUCACAAACGUGUUCUUCGUCCAAAGGUUACUAUCCAAACGACCUUUCCGAUUCUGGCCAUUUUGCCCGUUUUGAAGAAUCGCCUCCAGCCCUUUCUACAGAAACAAAUGGGACUGAAAUCGAAGAACCGGCCCCUCUAACAGACGAGGAGAGCCGGAGAUCACCGAGCGGCCCUUCUUCUUCUCCACAACCCCCAGAAAAUGAAGCAGAAAUCAAGCAAAACGCGAAUGAAGGAGAAUGUAAAAGUGACGGUACGGCCAACUGGUUGACGGCGAAGAGCGGGAGAAAGAAGCGCUGUCCAUACACCAAGCACCAGACUUUGGAGCUGGAGAAAGAAUUCCUCUUCAACAUGUACCUGACCCGAGAAAGACGCCUGGAGAUCAGUCGCAGUGUUCACCUAACGGACAGACAAGUAAAGAUCUGGUUUCAAAACCGCCGUAUGAAGUUAAAGAAAAUGACUCGAGAAAACCGCAUUCGUGAGUUGUCGACAAACUUCAGCUUCGCCUGAGGAAGGAGAUCUGGCGCCCUCAACCAGCUAAAGCGCUUUGCUCAGAUUACUCUCUAAGCGCGCACUUCUGACCUGUACAUAAUAUCAGUGUUAACUUAUUGUGUCGUAUAUACUACUGUCUAAAUCUUUUUUAUAUGUCCGUUAAUCCGUUUUAUUUCCAACAUACCACAUCAUCAUUAUUUAUGAACUCUAACAAAUGCGCUGGAUGUACUGUACAAAUUGAAUAAAACAAUUUUUUAAAAAUUGUUUAAUUGACAAUUAUAUAUAAACGGACAGUAGUAUAUAUUAACUGUAUAUAAUAUGGCAAUAUUUGCAUGAUGUAAUAUUAAUUGCAAUUACAAUCAUCGUUUACAUUUAUUGAAUGUUAUACCCCUAUACGAAUACGCUGUGACUGUUUUUAAUAAGUGUUCAUGUGACAGAAUUAAAUUCCCAUUUUCACGAAUAAAGUAGCUGAAGUUUACUUCUUGGAAAGUUAUGGUGAUUUAAAAUUUCUAAUUCCAAUUCGUAAAUAAGUGAAAUAAGAGUCAGUAAUUGUUCACAGAGAAUUUAAUCUAUGGCGUGCUAUGGUUACGGUACAAUAUGCAUCUGGUUUUGGCGGCCAGGAAGAUUUUUUUUUUCGUGUAGAUAUCACACAGUAUAUAAGUUAGCGAGGUGCAAUAUGAUAUUUUUUUCAACAAAUGAACGGUUGUUUGAUACCAAUUUAUAAUUUGCUGCCAAAGAAUUGUGUGUACAAUAGCUAAUCCAUUUUUCCAAUCUCGUGGCAUUCUGUGAAUUCUUAUGAAUCUAUUGAAUAUUUCAAAACACCCCUAAAGUUUAUCCUUUAAAAUUUAUAAGACUUUAUUUCAGAUGCCUGUGUGUCUGAAUAAAAAAAAUAACUAAACAAA